AUGCCCUUUUUGGACGAAUACAUUCACUACUGGGCCCAUCAGGUUGAUUCUCAUGGAAUAUCCAUUCUCGACUCAUUCAAGGUCGGAGCCAACUAUUACCUUGGCAGAUCAGACCCGACUGUUUAUAAUACUAGCUCUGGUAUUAACCACCAAGACUCUAUCAUCAGAGCUAGAUUCCGUCAAACAACUCUAGAGGCUGUUUUGAGAGUACAAGAGCAGGAGCGAGCAUUGGAUGCCCAUCACCAGCGGCAGUGUCUUUUUUGCAAACUGGAUCUUCCCACUAGAGCAGACCUAUUUUCUCAUAUGUUCUGUGAGCAUGGCUUCAAUAUUGGACUGCCAGAUAACCUAGUCCAUGUAAACGAGUUUCUGGAUACUUUGCAUCGUCAUCUGACUGCUUUGGAGUGUAUAUACUGUGAGCGCACUUUCAAAUCGAACAUCAUUUUAAGAAAGCAUAUGCGCAAGAAGAAGCAUUUCAAAAUUAAUCCUAAAAAUCAGUUUUAUGACAGAUACUAUCUGAUCAACUAUGCUGAGCCAGAUGCAAUUGCCCACAGAGAUGAGGAAGAGUCUUUGGAGCAGGAUGACUGGGAGGAUUGGAACGAAGAUGAUGCAGAAGAGCCAACAAUGUGUUUGUUUGAAGAAACAGUUUUACCGUCGGUUGAAGGUGCUCAUGAGCAUAUGAUAUCACAGCAUGGAUUUGAUCUGCGUAAACUUGCCAGGCAACAUCAUGAUGAUAUGUAUCAAAACGAUUCAAAUGUGCAUGCAACAGUUCAAAUGCGGUCAGAACUUUCCGAGCAUGCUCCGAGUUUAAUUGAAGAAUCUGCCAUCAAGGACUCCAAUAUCAACAACUAA